AUGGUUCCGCGUCCUUCGUUGUCAGAAGACGUGAGAGCUGCUUCAGACGCUACAGCCCGAGCACAACAUAUGAACACCGUAAUGCCCGGCACAGAUCCGCAUGACAAACCGCUCGUGUCUGGCAGCGGCGUGAAUGUUUCGAUCAACCUGGCCGAGCCAGUACUUUUCUUGCAGGGCUUCGAACAAAACGACAUGGCCAGCGGCAACACCGCCAUGUUGAGAGGAACACUUCACCUUCGCGUCACAAAGGCCGCCAAAAUCAAGGCAGUCACACUCAAAUUCAAAGGCAGAGCAACCACAAAAUGGCCUGAAGGCAUUCCUCCUCGCAAAGUCGAUUUCGAAGAAGUUGACAAUAUCAUGAGCCACACUUGGCCUUUCUUCAAUGCUCAAUUCCCAACAGCCGAAGCAGGCCCUUGCGCAGAUCACGUAGAACUCUUCAAGACCGGUGCAUCUCACACCAGCUCAUCUUUCGGUAUUGGAAAGUCGCCCAACAUCUCAACUACCAAUCUUAGCACGAAGGAUCAAAGAAGGCUGUCACUCCAAGUCAACCAGUCACGCAGUUUUGGCAAAGGUGAAUCUGCUACCGGUGGCCCUACAGUAGCACAAAAGGGCUACCGCACCUUCAACCCAGGAGACUACGUAUACAACUUCGAGCUCCCUCUUGACAGCAGACUGCCCGAGACAAUCGACGUGGAUCUAGGCUCGGUCAAGUACGAGCUUGAAGCAGUCAUAGAACGUGCUGGAGCUUUCAGAGCUAACCUUGUUGGAGUUCGUGAGGUUCAAUUGAUCAGAGCCCCAGCCGAAGGUUCUCUGGAACAAGUCGAGCCCAUUGCCAUCAGCAGAAACUGGGAAGAUCAGCUCCAUUACGACAUUGUAAUUUCUGGAAAAUCUUUCCCACUGGGGUCACAGGUUCCAAUUGCAUUCAAACUCACUCCGCUAGCCAAGGUACAAUGUCACCGCAUCAAAGUGCUUGUGACCGAGAAUAUCGAGUAUUUCUGCAGUAACAAGCGCGUUCAUCGUAUGGAGCCUACAAGGAAGGUGCAGCUUUUCGAGAAGCGAGCGGACACGGCGCCGACAAGCACCUUCCCUGGUAGCUCGAUGCGUGUCACCUCAGGAGGUGGUGUUCCGUAUGACCAACGUGCGCGUGCCGCCGCUGGUGAGACGGUGCAGACCUCAGAUCCCACCAAUCUUCUCGGCAACCUGGAAGGCGAAAAUGUCGGACCUACCGAAAUGGAGUUCAACGUACAGCUGCCAAGUUGCACGUCAAACCGUGAAAGGGAAAGAGCGACUAGAUUGCACUUCGACACUACAUACCAAAACAUCCAGGUGCAUCAUUGGAUCAAGAUCGUGAUGCGUCUUUCCAAACCCGAUGCGGAGAACCCAGGCAAGCGCAGACAUUUCGAAAUCUCCAUCGACUCACCCUUCCACAUCCUCUCCUGCCGCGCAACGCAGGCAAACACAUCAUUACCCGCUUAUAGCAGCCCCCAGUCGGCUUCCAAUGGAAGCUCGCUGUACGAAUGCGGUUGUCCCAAUGCACCGCGCCGUCGCAACUCUCCCACUUCGUACGUGCCCACGCUCAAUGCCCUGAACGGCAUGAGAGAAGCCACCGUGCCUCCCACAAUCACUACACCCAGUCUGGCUCGUCCACAAGCCGCACAUCUGACAGGCAAUGCACCUUCGAAUCAAGUCGACCGACCUAUCCACUUGUUGCGCGCUCCGUCGUUCAAUCCACCAGCGUUCGAAGAUGAAGAGCCUCCGCCGCCACUCAUCACUCCUCCUCCGCAAUACGACAGUAUUGCAAGUCCAACUUCGGGACUGGCCGACUACUUUGCUCGCUUGUCAGACGCGUAUGACGAUGACGAAGACAGCGACGACGCUUCCAGCAGGGGUGGUCGCGUUGACGUGCCAUUGACACCUGGCGCCAGAGUCAACAGAAGUAUGGACGUCUCCAGAAGUUGGAUACCCCUCGGUGCUCAACUACAUGGUUAG